AUGGAGUUGGCUGUGCUGAUCAUCGGUGCCGGACCAGCUGGACUGGCGACGGCGGCAUGCCUCAGCCAGCGUUCCAUCCCCUACCUCAUCGUUGAGCGUGAGGACUGCAGCGCGUCGCUGUGGCGCUACCGCACCUACAACCGCGUCAAGCUUCACCUGUCCAAGGAGUUCAGCUCCCUGCCGUACAUGCCGCAUCCGGAUGGCACCCCAACCUACAUUCCCAAGGAGGAGUUUCUGAAGUACCUGGACUGCUACGCCCAACAUUUUGACAUCAAGCCCAGGUAUUGCACUUGCGUUGUGUCAGCAGCAUACGAUGAGGGAACCAGACGCUGGAUUGUCGCUGCACGUGACACGGCAGCGGGCACAGAAAUCCUGUAUGCAGCGAAGUUCCUGGUCGUGGCCACCGGUGAGAAUGGAGAGGGGAGGAUUCCGGAGAUCUUGGGUCUAGAGAGCUUCCACGGGGAGGCUAUCCACUCUUCAACCUACAAGUCAGGAAGCAGCUAUGCUGGGAAAAGGGUUCUCGUGGUUGGUGCUGGAAAUUCUGGGAUGGAGAUUGCCUAUGAUCUCGCAAGCCAUGGCGCCGACACCUCAAUUGUUGCUCGCAGUCCGGUACACAUAAUGACCAAGGAACUGAUCCGUCUGGGAAUGACAUUUAUCCAAUAUAUACCAAUUACAAUAGUGGAUCUUUUUAUAAUGAACAUAGCCGAUGUCAUAUUUGGUGAUCUAUCAAAGUAUGGCAUCGUGCGGCCUAGAAUUGGCCCCCUCCUACUCAAAUCCAAAACGGGACGAUCUUGUGUAAUUGAUGUUGGGACAGCCGGGUUGAUUAAGAAUGGCAUCGUCAAGGUGUUCAAGGGGAUAUCGAAGAUCACUGGAAACAAAGUUCAAUUCGAAUGUGGGAAUGGUUCCGAAUUUGAUGCCAUCGUGUUUGCAACAGGUUACAAAAGCACUGCGAAUUUGUGGCUCAAGGACGACAAGUGCAUGCUGAACAGUGACGGACAUCCAAACAAAGGUUAUCCCAAUAUUUGGAAAGGUGAAAAUGGCCUCUAUUUCUCUGGUUUUGCGAGGAUGGGAUUGGCUGGUAUUUCCAAGGAUGCUUACAACAUUGCCAAUGACGUGGCGUCUGUCUAUUGA